GUCUGCGACACAUCCUCGAGAACUAAUUGAUUUCUAUUUCGCUAUCUCAGCGCCAUCAAGCCGAUAUCUCUCUCUCCCAAUGUAUUGAUUUCAUUCCCAGCAUUCAGUGCUCUCCCAAGGCGCAUUAAGGCUACACUUUGGUCAAGGAAAAAUCAGUUUCCGAACUGGAUCUAGUAUUUGUGACUACCAUCUGAAUAUCGUAAUGCGGUCCUUGGCUUUGUUUUUGGGACUGCUGGCAGUGGGAUCUUGUGCACCUCUAGCAGAGCAUGAAACAGCGGCCGUGGAGACUUCGGACAAUGACAUAAGAGUCAAAAGAGCGAAAGAAGCAAUAAUGUUUGGAAACCAACAAAACGAGGCCAAAGAAAUGUCCAAACGCGUUGAUCCUAGCAUGGAAGACCAAUCUGGAAGCGUAUUCUCGGACGAGGCAAAAGACAUCGAGUCACCCACAGAAUCAUUGGAAGAAGAACAGAACGACGUAUUUGAUGAUGGUGAGAAUGAAGAUGGAACAGACGGGUUAAAUGAAAGUGAAAUGGAGGCGCUUGCGGAGGCAGAUGAAGCAAAUAAUGGCGAUACAACGGCGCUUGAAUCAGCUGAAAAUGAAGACGAGGCAAAUGAGGCAUAUGCAAAAUAUCUUAAAACUUUGCAAGACGACGAUGGAUAUAUGUCUCAGUACUACAACCUUGUCAACUCGGCCAGCGGAUCAUCCGGCUGGCCAUCCAAUCCAUAUGAAGCCUAUGGCGUUUACGGCGCGUCGCCCUUCCGUUACCGACGCAGCCUGCACCGCCGUUUUGUCGGCAUGAACUUUCCCAGGGCCAAUGAUCUGAAACGUAGCCACCGCACAAAACGAGACCUUAUAUAUCCAUACGACGCUUUGGCCGAUGACUACUAUCCUCCGACCGAAAGCUAUCUGCCGUAUGGCGGCUAUCCUAUAACUGGCAAAGAUGAGGAUGAUGACAUUAACCUUGGUUAUCUACUUGAUGCCUUAGACAAUGCUAAAGUGUACAACGACGGUUACGACAAAGUCAUCGGAUAUGGCAACCCUUACGAGAGCCCAUAUGAUGCAUAUGAUACCUACGCCGCCCUACAAAAUCCCUACGAGUUAGAAAUUGAUGAGCCAGAGGUAAAACCAUGGUACGAUGUUCCUGCGAAGCGACAGGCCGGUCUGUCAUAUUUUCCAGGCAAUAAAAGAAAUCCCGACUUCUACCCUAGCUUCCGAGAGCCCUGGACGCACUACCAAGCGUUUGUUCCAGAGAAGCGUUCCAUGGAUGAAUACAGCGACGCCUACCGACAAGUGAUGAAGUUGGCAGCGGCGCUUCGACGCCAGAACGCUUACUAUCCUGGUGAUUAUGGCUAUGAGGAUUACAGAAAGAAGUGAAGUGACAGAAGAUUCUUAAAAUUCACGCGACCAAAGAAACGCAUCCGAUUGGUCAAGCGACAUUUACAGAUUGUUUUGUUCAUGAAUCAGCAACAGGAUUGGUUUCUUUGUUCUUUGUCAUUUAGUCACGUCUUUGCUUUUGUAAAUAUUCCCGAUUGCAACUUGUUUUGUGUACAGGACACACGUUACUUGAAUGCUUCAAAUUCUACUUUUAUAUUGAUAAAAAUUACAAUAUGUAUUGUUUGUAAUAAAAUAAAUAUGUGUUUACUUUCAAUUAAACAAAAUUUGCUUGAUAUGCUUGCAUAUACCCGUCAAAGCAACUUGUGUUUUUUUGCAAAUAUGAAGGUGAGAACAUUGUUGUAAUAAAGUAUUUAAAGGUAUACAUCAUUUACAAAAAAAUGACAUUCCAAAGUCUUAAUAAUUCAUGCAUAUUUAUAGAAAAUUAUAUUACUAAUGAAUGUUAAUUUUAAGCGUUAAAAACAUGUAUAUUUAAUCACAUGUGGUGUAAUCCUUACGUUUUGAAUAAAGAUUCCCGACAAAA